GUCUCAAUUCCAAUUUCCUGUCCUCGAAAUACAUACAUAUACCUCAUACCUCCCUUCAUGCGCAUUUCAUUCAUUCCAACCCUUAUUCGAGCACUCUUUACUGUCUCUAAUACUUCUCUCCAAAACCCACCAAAAGUCGUCUUCCGCACUCUCUAUCAAACUCCUCAGCGCCCAACUGUCCUCCGGUCUAUGCCAAACAUCCCUUUCCUUGGAGCACUUUUCGGUUCCAGUACCAAAAAUAUGGCGGAUACGAACUUUCCCGUUCAGAAGACCGAGGGCGAGUGGCAAGCUGUCUUGAGUCCCGAGCAAUUCCGCAUCCUCCGCCAAAAAGGCACCGAAAUGGCCGGCUCCGGCAAGUACGACAAACACUACCCUGACGCUGGCAUCUACAAAUGUACUGCCUGCGAGGCGCCUCUGUACAAAGCGAGCCACAAGUUCAACUCGGGUUGCGGGUGGCCUGCCUUCUGGGACGCGUUCCCCGGAGCCGUCGGUCAGCAUACAGACCGCAGCUUUGGCAUGGAGCGGACGGAGAUUGUGUGCAAUAACUGUGGCGGACAUCUCGGACAUAUUUUUAAGGGAGAGAAGUUCGGGAACCCGAAGGAUGAGCGGCAUUGUGUAAAUAGUGUUAGCAUUAAUUUCAGCACGGAGGCAAAGAAAGAAGAGGAAAAGUGACUGGAUAAGUGUAUUCAAAGAGGAAGAGAGGUGGAGUUGUGGGUAUUAUAUGUGUGCUGAUGAUGAUUCUAUGAGGGUUACGAGAGUUAGAAUGGACUUGUGCCUAAAUUCCUUUUCGAUUUUUCAGCCGUCGUCUUGUUGUAAGCAAUACGGUCCGUUAGGAUAGUUUCACCGAUGUAGGAUCUCUCUCUAAAUUUUAGGUGGUUGAGAGGAGGGAAAUGACAUGAUUCUUCCG